AUGACGUCGCGCGUCGCGCGCGACGUCUUCGCGGUCGCGCGAUCGCCGCGCGCGACGCGCGGGACGUCGAGACGGCGCGCGCGAUGGGGCGACGCGACGACGUCGAAAACGCGUCGCCCGCGGACGCGCGCGAGGCGCGACGCGGCGUCGAGCGCGGAUCACGACGCCCUGCACGAGUGGUUAUCCGCGAACGGCGCGGACGUGGCGAGCGUGGAGUUUUACGACGCGCGCGCGGGCGACGAGGACGACGGCGGCGACGCGGGGUGGGGCGCGCGAGCGACGCGAGCGCUGGCGCGAGGCGCGAAGGCGAUCGUGGUGCCGAAAUCGCUGUGGAUCACGCCCGAGGUCGGGAUGAACGAUGAUGAACUCGGGAAGGCGCUGCGGGACGAGGACGUCGCCGGUGGAUUGGCGCGAUGGACGACGUUGGCGUUGACGCUGCUGAAGGAACGCGAACGCGGAGAAGAGUCAAAGUACGCGGCGUACGUGAAGACGCUGCCGGAAGUUUUACACUCGCCGUUGUUUUGGAACGCGGAGGAAUUGAGUGAGAUUCAAGGGACGCAGCUGUUGGAUAACGCGGCGGGGUACGAUGGGUACGUGCGGGGGGUGUACGAGACGUUGAGAACGGGGAUGUUCGCGAAGCACGCCGACGUCUUCGACGUCGAGGGCGCGUUCAGCGAGGACAACUUUCGAUGGGCGUUCGGGAUCUUACGCUCGCGCACGAUGGCACCGUGCGAUGGGGCGAACAUCGCGCUCGUGCCUGGCGUAGAUUUAGUCAAUCACAGCUCGUUGAGUCAGGCGAGAUGGCGAGUGAGCGGCGGCGUCGCGGGCGCCGUCGCCGGAUUGUUUGGGGGCGGAAAGGGCGACGACGGCGUCUCGGCGCGCGUCGAGUGCGAUCGAGCGCUGAACGUGAACGAGCCGUUGUACGUAAAUUACAACCCAGAAGGCACGGACACUUCGUUUGCGCUCGAUUUCGGGUUCGUGGACACCAUCACCCCGAGCCCCGGGUACGCGUUGUCGCUCUCCGUGCCCGAAGACGAUCCAAAUGUCUUCGACAAGCUCGACGUUUUAGACGUGUGCGGGCUCGGCGAGACCCCGACGUUUACGCUCCGCGCGUACAGCGAUCCAGAUCCCGACCUCAGAACGUUUUUGCGAUUGCUCAACUGCAAAAAUCAGGACGCGUUCUUGCUCGAGGCGUUGUUUCGUCAACAGUGCUGGUCGCUCAUCUCCGAGCCGCUCUCGCGCGAGAACGAAGCCGACUGCUGCGCGUCCAUGACGGACGGCGUCGCCGCCGCCUUAUCCGCCUACGCCUCUCGCGCGUUGGACGAAGAAAAAGCCUACCUCAUGUCUCCCCCGAGCGCGCGUCGCGCCGCCGCCGGCGACGACGAGCGCGCGCGCGUUCGCAAGGACGUCGCCGUCCGCGUCCGCCUCGCCGAAAAAUCCACCCUCAUCGAAACCGCCUCCUUCUUCGACGUCAUCGCGAGCGGACUGGACGGCAUGGAGUACUACCAAGAGCGUCGGCUUCGCUCGUUAAACUUACUCGACGAAGACGGUUCGAGCACGUACGAUCCGUUCAACGAAACCAUGGCGUGA